AUUUUUGAAAAACCACCCAAAAACGAACGAAAAAUAAUAAACUAAACGACCAGUGAAAUGGAGAACUUUACACCGAAGGAGGUGAAAAUCCUCGAGACUGUCGAAGAUAUACAGGAGCGACGUGAACAGGUUCUGUCGCGUUAUAAUGAAUUCAAAAUUGAGACAAGACAGAAGCGUGAGAAACUUGAGGAUUCGCGUCGCUUUCAAUACUUUAAACGUGAUGCCGAUGAAUUGGAAUCAUGGAUACAUGAGAAGUUGCAGGCUGCCAGCGAGGAGAGCUAUAGGGAUCCAACAAAUUUGCAAGCCAAGAUACAGAAGCAUCAGGCCUUCGAGGCCGAAGUUUCGGCGCAUAGCAAUGCUAUCGUAUCGCUUGAUAACACUGGCCAGGAGAUGAUCAAUCAGCAGCAUUUUGCCUCGGAGACCAUUCAGCGUCGUUUGGAUGAGUUGCAUCAGCUGUGGGAGCUUUUACUUAGCCGCCUAGCCGAGAAGGGUUUGAAGCUACAGCAAGCUUUGGUUCUGGUACAAUUCCUUCGACAAUGCGAAGAGGUCAUGUUUUGGAUUAAGGACAAGGAGACCUUUGUCACAGCCGAUGAGUUUGGCCAAGAUCUGGAGCAUGUGGAGGUGUUGCAACGUAAAUUCGAUGAAUUCCAAAAGGAUAUGGCCUCACAGGAGUAUCGUGUGACUGAAGUCAAUCAAUUGGCCGAUAAACUAGUUCAGGAUGGUCAUCCUGAGCGUGAUACCAUUACCAAACGCAAGGAGGAGCUCAACGAAGCCUGGCAGCGUCUGAAACAAUUGGCCAUUGUCCGCCAAGAGAAGCUGUUUGGUGCCCAUGAGAUUCAACGUUUUAAUCGGGAUGCCGAUGAGACUGUUGCCUGGAUAGCCGAAAAGGAUGUGGUUCUCUCUUCAGACGACUAUGGUCGUGAUUUGGCCAGUGUACAGGCUCUGCAACGUAAGCACGAGGGUGUUGAACGUGACUUGGCUGCUCUGGAAGAUAAGGUAUCCACCUUGGGUGCUGAGGCCCAGCGUCUUUGCUCCAUUCAUGCCGAUCACAGCGAUCAGAUUCGUGACAAACAGGCGGAAAUCGCCAACUAUUGGCAGAGUCUGACGGCUAAAGCUCGCGAGCGUAAGCAGAAACUGGAUGAAUCCUACUAUCUACAUCGUUUCCUUGCCGAUUUCCGUGAUCUGGUGUCGUGGAUCAAUGGAAUGAAGGCAAUUAUUUCUGCCGAUGAACUGGCCAAGGAUGUGGCUGGUGCUGAAGCCCUGCUUGAGCGUCAUCAGGAGCAUAAGGGCGAGAUUGAUGCUCGCGAGGAUAGCUUUAAAUUGACCACCGAAUCUGGCCAGAAACUUCUCGAGCGCGAACACUAUGCUGCUGCCGAAAUCCAAGAGAAAUUGGCCGCUCUUGAAAAUGACAAAAGCUCGCUGUUAUCCCUGUGGGAGGAUCGUCGCAUUCUCUAUGAGCAGUGCAUGGAUUUGCAAUUGUUUUACCGCGACACCGAACAGGCCGACACCUGGAUGGCUAAGCAAGAGGCCUUCUUGGCCAAUGAAGAUCUGGGUGAUUCCCUAGACUCUGUGGAGGCAUUGAUCAAGAAACACGAGGACUUUGAAAAGAGCCUCGCUGCCCAGGAAGAGAAGAUCAAGGCGUUGGAUAUCUUUGCCACCAAACUUAUCGAUGGCCAGCACUAUGCUGCCGAUGAUGUAGCCCAGCGGCGACAAAUGCUUCUGGCCCGUCGCGCUGCUCUCCAGGAAAAGUCGGCUAAGCGCCGUCAAUUGCUCGAGGACUCGAAUCGCUAUCAGCAAUUCGAACGCGAUUGCGAUGAGACCAAAGGCUGGAUUAGUGAGAAGCUGAAAUUCGCCACCGAUGACAGCUAUCUGGAUCCCACGAAUCUGAAUGGCAAAAUGCAAAAGCAUCAGAACUUUGAGCAUGAACUGAAUGCUAACAAAUCGCGUAUUGAGGAUAUUACCAAUGUGGGCACGGAGUUGAUCGAGAAGCAGCACUACGCCGCCGAUCAGAUCAACACGCGCAUGCAGGAAAUCGUUGUCCUGUGGGAGACUCUCGUUCAGGCUUCCGAUAAGAAGGGUUGCAAGUUGAAUGAAGCCUGCCAGCAACAGCAAUUCAAUCGCACCAUUGAAGAUAUUGAGCUCUGGCUCAGCGAAAUCGAGGGACAACUGUUGUCCGAGGAUCACGGAAAAGACUUGACUUCAGUGCAGAAUCUGCAGAAGAAGCAUGCUCUUCUCGAGGCUGAUGUGAUGGCCCAUCAGGAUCGCAUUGAGAGCAUUAAGGUGGCUGCCAAUAAAUUCAUUGAAUCCGGCCACUUUGAUGCCGAUAACAUUCGCAACAAGGAAGGCAAUCUCUCGGCUCGUUAUGCCGCCCUGGCAGCUCCCAUGGGAGAGCGUAAGCAACAUUUGCUUGACUCACUUCAAGUGCAGCAAUUGUUCCGUGAUUUGGAAGACGAGGCUGCCUGGAUUCGCGAGAAAGAGCCCAUUGCUGCCUCGACCAAUCGUGGACGCGAUUUGAUUGGUGUUCAGAAUUUGAUAAAGAAACACCAGGCUGUUCUGGCCGAGAUCAACAAUCAUGAGGCUAGACUCUUGAAUGUUAUCAGCUCAGGCGAGAAUAUGCUUAAGGAUCAGCCUUUUGCCAGCGAGGAUAUACGUCAGCGCUUGGAGGCUCUGCAGGAGCAGUGGAACAACCUAAAGGAUAGAUCCAAUCAGCGCAAACAGGAUUUGGAUGACUCAUUGCAGGCCCAUCAAUACUUUGCCGAUGCCAAUGAGGCGGAGUCGUGGAUGCGUGAAAAGGAACCAAUUGCCACCGGCAGCGACUACGGCAAGGAUGAGGAUUCUUCGGAGGCGUUGCUGAAGAAGCAUGAGGCUCUCGUUUCGGAUCUUGAGGCUUUCGGCAAUACCAUCCAAGGAUUGCAGGAACAGGCCAAGAACUGCCGCCAACAGGAGACUCCAGUGGUCGAUAUUACCGGCAAGGAGUGUGUUGUGGCCCUCUAUGACUACACGGAGAAAUCACCGCGCGAGGUGUCCAUGAAGAAGGGCGAUGUCCUUACUCUGCUUAAUUCCAACAACAAGGACUGGUGGAAGGUGGAAGUGAACGAUCGUCAGGGUUUCGUUCCAGCUGCCUACAUUAAGAAAAUUGAGGCCGGUUUAAGUGCCUCUCAGCAGAAUCUGGUGGACAACCAUUCGAUUGCCAAGCGCCAGAAUCAAAUUAACUCCCAAUACGAUAAUCUACUGGCUCUGGCUCGCGAACGCCAGAAUAAGCUGAACGAAACGGUCAAAGCUUAUGUUUUGGUACGCGAAGCAGCCGAUUUGGCUCAAUGGAUACGCGACAAGGAGAAUCAUGCCCAGAUUGCUGAUGUCGUUGGCGAAGAUCUCGAGGAGGUUGAGGUCUUGCAAAAGAAAUUCGAUGACUUCAACGACGACCUAAAGGCCAACGAAGUGCGUCUCGCGAAUAUGAAUGAAAUUGCCGUCCAGCUAACAUCGUUGGGCCAGACAGAGGCAGCCCUAAAGAUUCAAACCCAGAUGCAGGACCUCAAUGAGAAAUGGAACAAUCUGCAGUCUCUCACCGCCGAGAAGGCCAGCCAAUUGGGAUCGGCUCAUGAAGUGCAACGUUUCCAUCGUGAUAUCGAUGAGACCAAGGAUUGGAUUGCCGAAAAGGCCAAUGCUCUCAAUAAUGAUGACCUCGGCAAGGACUUGCGCAGUGUGCAGACAUUGCAGCGCAAGCACGAGGGUGUCGAACGUGAUUUGGCUGCCCUGCGCGACAAGAUCCGUCAGCUGGACGAGACAGCCAAUCGCCUAAUGCAAUCGCAUCCGGAUACGGCUGAACAGACCUAUGCCAAACAGAAGGAAAUCAACGAGAUGUGGGAUCAAAUUAUCACCAAAUCGACGGCACGCAAAGAGAAGCUUCUCGACUCGUACGAUUUGCAACGUUUCCUCAGUGAUUAUCGCGAUCUAUUGGCCUGGAUCAACUCGAUGAUGAGUUUGGUGACCUCCGAUGAAUUGGCCAAUGAUGUAACCGGUGCCGAGGCUCUGAUUGAACGUCAUCAGGCACAACGUGCUGAGAUUGAGUUUACUCUGGGCAGCAGCUCAGCAGCUGCCGCCGCUCAACCAACAACAUCAACAACUGCAUCAACAUCCGACGACGAGGAACAUCGCACUGAAAUCGAUGCUAGAGCCGGCACUUUUGGUGCCUUCGAGCAAUUUGGCAAUGAAUUGCUGCAGGCCAAUCAUUAUGCCUCUCCUGAGAUUAAGGAAAAGAUUGAGGAUUUGGCAAAGGCACGUGAAGAUUUGGAGAAGGCCUGGACCGAACGUCGCCUGCAAUUGGAGCAGAAUCUGGAUCUGCAGCUGUAUAUGCGUGAUUGUGAGCUGGCCGAGUCAUGGAUGUCGGCCCGUGAGGCUUUCCUUAAUGCCGAUGACGAUGCUAAUGAUGCGGCCGGUGGCAAUGUGGAGGCUUUGAUUAAGAAGCAUGAAGAUUUCGAUAAGGCCAUCAAUGGGCAUGAGCAAAAGAUUGCCGCCCUGCAGACUGUGGCCGAUCAGUUGAUUGCCCAGAAUCAUUAUGCCUCCAAUUUGGUGGACGAUAAGCGCAAACAGGUUUUGGAGCGCUGGCGUCACCUCAAGGAGGGUCUGAUCGAGAAACGUUCUCGUCUGGGCGAUGAGCAGACCUUGCAGCAAUUCUCGCGCGAUGCCGAUGAAAUUGAAAACUGGAUUGCCGAGAAAUUGCAAUUGGCCACCGAAGAGAGUUACAAGGAUCCAGCCAAUAUACAAUCGAAACAUCAGAAGCAUCAGGCCUUUGAGGCCGAACUGGCGGCCAAUGCUGAUCGCAUUCAGAGUGUUCUGGCCAUGGGUGGUAAUCUGAUUGAUAAGAAACAGUGUAGCGGCUCAGAGGAUGCGGUGCAAAAGAGAUUGACUCAGAUUGCCGAUCAGUGGGAAUAUUUGACUCACAAGACGACUGAGAAGUCACUCAAGCUUAAGGAGGCCAACAAGCAGCGCACUUAUAUCGCUGCUGUCAAGGAUUUGGACUUCUGGUUGGGCGAGGUCGAGAGCCUGCUGACCACUGAGGAUUCUGGUAAGGAUUUGGCAUCUGUCCAAAACCUCAUGAAGAAGCAUCAGUUGGUCGAGGCGGAUAUCGUGGCGCACGAAGACCGAAUUAAAGACAUGAACAACCAGGCCGAUUCCUUGGUCGAGAGCGGUCAGUUUGACACUGCUGGCAUCCAAGAGAAGCGUCAGAGUAUUAAUGAACGCUACGAGCGUAUCUGCAAUCUGGCCGCUCACCGUCAGGCCCGUCUCAAUGAGGCGCUCACUCUGCACCAGUUCUUCCGCGAUAUUGCCGAUGAGGAGAGCUGGAUUAAGGAGAAGAAGCUGCUUGUUGGCUCUGAUGAUUAUGGUCGUGAUUUAACUGGCGUUCAGAAUCUAAAGAAGAAGCAUAAGCGUCUUGAAGCUGAGCUUGCCAGCCAUGAGCCGGCUAUUCAGGCUGUCCAGGAGGCUGGCGAGAAACUGAUGGAUGUAUCCAAUUUGGGUGUACCCGAAAUCGAACAACGUCUUAAGGCCCUCAAUCAGGCAUGGGCUGAAUUGAAGAAUUUGGCUGCCACACGUGGUCAGAAAUUGGAUGAAUCGUUGACCUAUCAACAAUUCUUGGCCCAGGUGGAAGAGGAGGAGGCAUGGAUCACUGAGAAACAGCAGUUGCUCUCUGUCGAAGACUAUGGUGACUCUAUGGCCGCCAUUCAGGGUCUGCUUAAGAAGCACGAUGCCUUCGAGACGGACUUUGCCGCCCAUAAGGAUCGUUGCUCUCUGAUCUGUGACCAGGGUAGUGAGCUUGUGGAGGCCAAGAAUCACCAUGGCGACUCGAUUGCCCAACGUUGUCAACAGUUGCGCAAUAAAUUGGAUAACCUAAAUGCUUUGGCCGCACGCCGCAAGGGCUUCUUGCUGGACAACUCGGCCUAUUUGCAAUUCAUGUGGAAGGCCGAUGUUGUGGAGAGCUGGAUCGAUGACAAGGAAAACUAUGUGCGAUCUGAUGAGUACGGACGUGACUUGUCCACUGUGCAAACGCUCUUGACCAAACAGGAGACAUUCGAUGCAGGUCUCAAUGCCUUUGAACAGGAGGGCAUCCAUAAUAUUACCGCUCUGAAGGAUCAAUUGAUUAAUGCUAAUCAUGCCCAAUCGCCGGCUAUACUCAAGCGUCAUGGUGAUGUGAUUGCUCGUUGGCAGAAGCUGCGCGAUGCGUCUGAUACACGCAAACAGCGUUUGUUGGCCAUGCAGGAGCAAUUCCGCCAAAUCGAGGAACUCUACUUGACAUUUGCCAAGAAAGCUUCGGCCUUCAAUUCUUGGUUCGAAAAUGCCGAAGAGGAUCUCACAGAUCCUGUUCGCUGCAAUUCGAUCGAAGAAAUACGCGCCCUGCGCGACGCCCAUGCACAAUUCCAAGCGUCUCUCUCAUCGGCCGAAGCUGACUUUAAGGCAUUGGCAGCACUCGACCAGAAGAUCAAGAGCUUUAAUGUUGGACCGAAUCCAUACACAUGGUUCACCAUGGAAGCUCUUGAGGAGACCUGGCGUAAUCUGCAAAAGAUCAUAGAGGAACGCGAUGGCGAACUUGCCAAGGAGGCCAAGCGUCAGGAAGAGAACGAUAAGCUGCGCAAAGAGUUUGCCAAGCAUGCCAAUCUCUUCCAUCAAUGGCUAACCGAAACGAGAUAUUAUAUGCUGGGUUAUAAUCGUCAAGGAACUUCGAUGAUGGAAGGCUCUGGUUCACUGGAACAGCAACUGGAGGCACUUCGCGUCAAGGCCACUGAGGUGCGUGCACGUCGUGUGGAUCUAAAGAAGAUUGAAGAAUUGGGCGCCUUACUGGAGGAGCAUUUAAUUCUGGAUAACCGCUACACGGAACACUCGACAGUGGGUCUAGCCCAGCAAUGGGAUCAACUGGAUCAAUUGUCGAUGCGUAUGCAGCAUAAUUUGGAACAACAGAUACAGGCACGCAAUCAUUCGGGCGUCUCUGAGGAUUCGCUUAAGGAAUUCUCAAUGAUGUUCAAGCACUUUGAUAAGGACAAGAGUGGCAAGCUAAAUCAUCAAGAGUUCAAAUCAUGCCUGCGCGCCCUUGGCUACGAUCUGCCUAUGGUUGAGGAAGGACAACCCGAUCCAGAAUUUGAAGCCAUUUUGGAUGUGGUCGAUCCGAAUAGGGAUGGUUAUGUCUCACUACAAGAAUAUAUUGCCUUCAUGAUAUCCAAGGAAACUGAGAAUGUGCAAUCCUACGAAGAAAUUGAGAAUGCCUUCCGCGCUAUCACUGCCGCCGAUCGUCCUUAUGUCACCAAAGAGGAGCUCUAUUGCAAUCUCACCAAGGAUAUGGCGGACUAUUGUGUGCAAAGGAUGAAGCCCUACUCGGAACCGCGCUCUGGCCAGCCUAUUAAAGAUGCUUUAGACUAUAUAGAUUUCACGCGAACGCUAUUCCAGAAUUAAAUCGAAUAGCACCAGCGGAUAGUGUUGUUUUUUAUGGCGCCUGAGAAUAUGUCUUACAAUCUACAAAAAAAAAAAAAAAAAAUCAGAAAGAAGAUGAAAAAAGAAAGAAAGAAAAAAACAUUACAACAAAAAUAUAAAUAUAUAUUUACACAAUUAUUUUCGAUAAUUUUAGUAUUUAAGUCCAACAGUUUUAUGCUUAUUUAAGAUUUUCAAAUUAUGCCACAUGGAACCUAAAAUCCAAAAUCAACAAUAAUCUUAGCACCUUUUUGCAAUACGUAUACAAAACACACACAAAAAAAAAAGAAGAAAAAUAACCUUAUCC